AUGAAGUUAGUUCCUUCAAGAGUACCUGUUAUGGAAGAAGUCGACAGGAUAAUCAUUCAUUCCUUAAAAGAUAUUGGCUGUGAUUUAGAUGAAGACAUUCAAGGUUUGGAAGAAUUUUCUACAGAAAUGGUUGUUCAGGCUGCUGCUAGGUGUUUAAAAAUCAUACAACCUGACAUUGAUAUUUCUGACACCUUACCUCAGAAUAUGGCUUCUAGAUUUCAUCUCAGCUGUGCCAUUGCAGAGGCCUGCAAAGGACUGGGUUACAAUGGUGAUGUUGGAUAUCAAACUUUUUUAUAUUCAAACGUUGGAGAUGUUAGGCGUGUAUUUAUGUUCCUUAUUGAAAAACUACCUAGAGAAGUUGAAAAACAACUUGAAAUUGAUGUUGAUCCUGUCUCCAAGUUAAUAACUGACAUAGGUAAAGAAAUAAAGAGGCGUUUAGAUUUAAAAACAUCAGUGAAAAAAAGAGCAAUGCCUUUUUUGUCUGUACCACUUGAAACUGGCAUUAUCACCACAGACACAAAAUUAAAGGAAAGUCCUAAAGAGUGGAAAGAACAUGUCAUCCAUCAUUUACCAUUCCUUACUGAGCAAACAAAAUCUAAUAAUUUUCUGCCUUCUGCAAUUGUAUUGAAUGCCAAAGGUUUACAUAUUAAAAGUGAAGUAAAAUCUACUAAUGCUGCAAAUAAUCAUGUGGACCAAAAUGCUGCUCUGGUAUCUAGUUCUUUAGGAAGUGAAGAUACGUGGCUUACUAUGAUGGAAUCCCUAAUUUUUGGAAAGGAUGAGAGUGCCAAGUCAAGUUCCUUCAACAAUGACAGGAGUGGUGUAGAUAUUGACCAUAAUAGUCCAUCUAGCGUCAGUAAAACCAAUAAUGAUUCAGUUAAUGAAGAAGAGCUGAUUAUAAAUGAAGAUCCUCUCCAAAAUAUCAGAAAAAAUGUUGAAGAACUUCAGAUAAAUAUAAAAGAACAGCAAGUUGUUUUAGAUAAGAUUGAAGAAGAUUGUAAGAGGGAGCUCAUAAUUACUGGUGAAAAAUCUAAUGAAAUUGAGUUCCAUAGAAAAGCUUUGUCUUUACUUCCUCAAGCUGAAGAAAACCUUGGCAAAAUUGAGGAAUCUAUUAAAAAUAUGUCUGAAAAAAUACUAUCAUUAGCAGUGAAAUGGGAAUCUUACAGAAAACCUCUAAUAGAAAAAUAUAUUGGUGUUAAGAGCAAGAUGGCUAAUAAGGAAAGUCAAAAUGAAAAAGAGCACGAUAAAAUGAAGCAAUUGAAAGGAAAAAUUGAUGUGAUUAACCAGCAGUUGGUUGCCAAAAGAGGAAUUAUUGCCCAGCUUGAAGAAGAUUAUGAUAAAUUGCCUAAAAAUAUAAAUAGGUCAGCUUAUACUCGUAGGAUAAUGGAGAUAAUUGGAAAUAUUAAAAAACAAAAAGAUGAAAUUGAAAAAAUUUUAAAAGAUACAAAAUCUCUACAAAAAGAAACUAAUUCAUUGAAUGGGCGCCUUGAAAGGCUUUUUGCUGUUUGUGAAGAAACAAUUUUUAGGAAUACUAAAAAAGAUGAGUUUUCGAAACGAACAUUUAAGCUGUUGACGACUUUGCACUCUGAUUGCACUAUCAUUGGAUCUUUAGUUCUUGAGAUAGGUACUAUAAGUCGAGAAAUAACAGAUCUCAAAGAACAAAUUGAAGUUGAAUCAAGUAAGAAUAUCACAGCAAAUUUGGAAAGGAUUUCAGCUGAUCUUGAACAAAUGAAAGCUGAAAGCAAAUCAAUGACAAAUCAAAUAAAAAAAUUGCAAAGUAUAUCUGAUGUUCAUUCUCAUCCAUUACUAUAA